UUUAAUUGUACCGUAUAUACAUUAAUCAAAUUUUAGAAAUUUGAAUUUAAUAUUGUUUUAUUAUAUUUUGGUGUACAUUUUUUAUGUUUUAUAGAAUAUAAAAGUGGUUUUUGAGAUAAUUUUACUAAAUAUUGUCAAAUACAUUAAAUGUUAAAAGAAAUAGAGGUAUUUUCAUUGUGAGUAUAAAACCAACAAUAUAAUAUUUAGUUUGUACUUAUAUAAAAUAUAUAUAGACAUAUUAUUAAUUUAUGACUUUAAUGGGACCAUAUAUUUACAUAAGAGUUUCUAAAAAAAUAUUAUAUUAUUUUUUUAUCGAUUUUUGUCAUAUUUUGAACCGGCCCAUUCGAGACAAGAUUUAUUAAUUUAUAUUGUUUAUUAAUUUAUUGAAUAUUAGUUUAUAUAAUUUUUUCUGUAAAUUUAACAGAGAAACAAAAUGCACAAAUAUCAUGAGAGUUACAUAUAUAUAUAUAUUAAAAGUUAAAUUAAAAAAAGGAUUGACUAACAUAGUAACAUAUAUAUCUAACUUCUAAUUAUAACACAAGUGUGAGUUACAUAUAAGAAAUAUAUGCAUCCAAAAUUUCAAAUUCAAGUUCUAGAUUCAAGGUACUAAUAUCAUGACAGUGGGUACUUACUGAAAAAUAAGAAUGAUCAGAAAAAUAAUAUUAGCAUCAAAAAAUGGAUAAAAGGUUAGUGUACAUAACAACAAUUCUACCCAAUAAGUUGACGAGAACACAAAAUUCACUGCCGAUAACAGAGCAUACAAAAUAAGUCUGUAAUAAGACAUGGUCUCACAACAACUAUAAAAAUAAACACAUAAUUAACACACAAAAUAUAUAUAUUUCAGGGAAAUAUAUAUAACAUUCCGCGCGAAGCACGGACCAACCACUAGUAUCUUAAUAAAAUCUAGGGUAGAGGCUCAAAUAAUUCUAAGAAAAUUUACAAAGUUACUCCAAAAAGGGAAAAUAUUUAUAAAGAAAAAAAUAGUGAAAAGGAAUUUCCUAUUUCGCUGACCAAAUCAGAUAAAGAAAAAGGAAACAAAACCUAAAGAGAUCCUCUGUCUCUAUAUAAACAGAACUAAAACGUAAGAGAAAUCUAAUCAACUCUUUCACGCUUUCUCGCUAUCUAGUUCUCCAAGGAAAAAAAAAACUCUUUUUACGUUCUCUCUAAGGGAAAAACCAUCAAACAAUGAGAGAUGACCAGCAGAAACUGAUCUCAUCAUUCAUGGAGAUUGCUAUUGGUCAAACCAAAGACACCGCAAUACAAUUCCUAAAGGAAACGAGCUGGAACCUUGAAGAAGCUAUUAACCUCUUUCUCAUUCACAGAGAGAAUCAACCUCAACGUCAGCAAAACGCAACAGAGCUGCAUAGGAGUGAUUAUCAAGAAGAAGAACAUAUCCCUCCUCCUUUACCUUCGAUUAGGGAUACUCUCUACGACUCUUCUUACAUGUAUCAAACUCCGGUUCAAGUAUGUCCUGAAGAGAUCUGGGACGCGGAAUCCGAACCGUCAGAAGAUUCGGACACUGAUGUUGGAGCAGAUUCCAAACCAGAACCCUCAGAAGAGCCGAGGAGGUUGUCUUCUUUGUACCGUGCUCCACUGAAACUUCUUUUCCAAGGUACGUUUGAAGAGGCGAAAUCAACAUCUUCUAGACAGAACCUAUGGCUGCUAGUCAACCUCCAGUCCACGACCGAGUUUACUUCUCACAUGCUAAACCGAGAUUUAUGGGCUAACGAAGUCGUUUCUCAAGCCAUUGAGUCUAGCUUCAUCCUAUCUCAAGUCUAUGAUGAUACCACCGAAGGAAAGAAAGUCUCUACUUUCUACCGCAUCGAAUCUGCUCCUCCUGUGGUGCUUCUCAUCGAUCCCAUCACUGGUCAGAAUAUGCGUUCUUGGAGUGGCGCAAUUGAAGCUCAUGGUUUCGUGGAGGAUUUGAUGAAGUACAUGGAUGAUGGUCCUCAUCAAUACAUGGCUUCUUCAACAAGAAACAAACGUAUGAAGACAGAGAAGAUUUCCUCUGAAAGCAGCCAGACUGGGAUGCCCGAACUUGCAGAGUCUUUAGAAACAAAGGAGGAGGAGGAGACUUGUUCUUCACGCAACCAGACUAUUAGUCACAUUGGGUUACCACUGCCUUGGGGGCCCGAGUUUGAAAAGUCUGCAGAAGUGAAGCAGGAGGAGACUUGUGUAGAGUUUCCAGAUUUAACAGAAGAGCCAAAGGGAGACUGUGAUAAAAGCCUUGUGUGCAGUCUAUGUGUUCGGUUUCCAGAUGGGAGAAGAAAGCAGAGGAAGUUUCUCAAGACCGAACCUAUUCAGCUUCUCUGGUCUUUCUGUCAUUCUCAGAUUGUUGGGUCCGAGAAGAAGGCGUUUAAGCUAGUACAAGCGAUCCCUGGUGCUUCCAAGACUCUGGAGUAUGGAGCUAGCGCAACUUUCGACCAAUCUGGCCUCGCAAACUCGAUGAUCUCGGUUACUUGGGAGUGAAGAUUCAUUUACUAUUAUUAAAUUAUUUUCAUAUGUAAAUUUUGAUUGAUUUAUAGAAAGAAUGAGACAAUGACAAGGUGAAAGAAGAUUAAUGCCAUACAUGAUAACACCUGCAAACCAGACUCUCCAAGUCAAAAGUUAUAACGUUUUACUAAUUCAAGCGACCUUGUUUGACAAUGACGGCUAUUACCUAUUUUCUUCACGUUUAUCUAAUCAUCAACAUGAUAAGUUGAUUUUAGUUCACAGCUUACUCCAAAUUGUCUCUUUUUUUUCUAUAUUAACAUUGCGUCAUUUGUGACCUCUGCUCCUCAACUAAAUCUGUUCUAUAAAUCAGCAACACUCUGAUCAACGGAGAUAAAAAUGAAUGAACGUUCAAACAUAGAUUACAACUGUGGUGUUUGAUUAAAGUUGUCAAAUGGUCCAUACAGCGCGCAAUUGGGUUUGCCAUACAUAUCAUUUUUAUUUUGGACAUUGUUGGUCGAACAAUAAUUGACGAUGGUCCAAAAACUUCAAUUUAAUUUUAAAUUCCUUUAAUUGUUCCAUAAUUUUUAAUUCCCAUUGAAACAGUUAAAAUAGCAUUUUUUUACCCAAAAUCAUAAAACCGUGUUUUUCAAACAAAAACGUAAAAUCACAUUUUCCGCCAAACACUAAAAUCACGUUUUCUGGCAAAAACUUAAAAUCACUAUUAUGGUGUGUGUGACGAUAACUACAAUAGCUAAUCAUGUUGGAGAGAAUAUACACACAUCUUCAGAGAUAUAUAUGAGAAAAAACAAGAACUGAAGUUUGUUUACAAUCAUUAUUACACCAAAAAAAAAGUUUGUUUAUAAUCUGAUUGGUUUAGUUGCUUUAUAAUCCAAUUAAAAGAACAAAAACUGUAACCCAACGAGAAUCCGAUUUUACUGUAAUCAAACCAAACAAAUCCUCGAUAUAUAUAUAUAUAUUCCAUAAUUAUCUUCUUCUUUUUUUAACGCUAUUCCAUAAUUAUCUAGGAUCUACAAAAAUCUUAUAUUCCCUUUUCUCUUUCUGUUAAG